UUCUGUAUGGCACAAUAGCGCUCCGGUUUUUGGUUCAUUUAUAUUUUUUAAAUCAUGGCCAAUAGAACUGUAAAAGAUGCUAAUAGUAUACAUGGAACAAAUCCUCAAUAUCUUGUGGAGAAGAUUAUACGGACCCGUAUAUAUGAGUCCAAGUACUGGAAAGAGGAAUGUUUUGGACUUACAGCUGAGCUUGUCGUGGACAAAGCCAUGGAGCUGAAGUAUGUUGGUGGAGUAUAUGGAGGAAAUAUCAAGCCGACUCCAUUCUUAUGUCUAACCCUGAAGAUGCUGCAGAUCCAGCCGGAAAAGGACAUCAUUGUAGAAUUCAUCAAAAAUGAAGAUUUCAAGUAUGUCCGAAUGCUUGGAGCAAUGUAUAUGCGCCUGACUGGAACUUCUGUGGACUGUUACAAAUAUUUAGAGCCAUUAUACAAUGACUACAGAAAAAUCAAAAGCCAGAAUAGAAACGGAGAGUUUGAGUUGAUGCAUGUGGAUGAAUUCAUAGACGAGCUCCUUCAUGCAGAGCGAAUGUGUGACAUCAUCCUCCCUAGACUUCAGAAGAGGCAGGUUUUGGAGGAAGCCGAGCUUCUGGAUACUCGUAUAAGUGCCCUGGAGGAAGACCUGGAUGAGGUGGAGACCAGUGAAGAAGAGGAUGAGGAAGAAGACAAGCCAGAGAGAGCUCAAACACCAGAGCCACACAGACGAAGUUACAGAGAUGUGGACCGGCCUCGCAGAUCUCCAUCUCCACGCUACAGACGCAGCCGCUCACCAAGAAGACGAAGCAGAUCACCUAAAAGACGAAGCCCAUCACCCAGACGUGAGCGAGAUCGGGACCGCCAUCGCAGUAAAAGUCCCCGUAGACACCGCAGCAGAUCCAGAGAUAGAAGGCAUCGCUCCAAAUCUCCAGGUCACCACAGAAGUCAUCGGCAUCGUAGUCACUCCAAGUCCCCAGAAAGUCGGUCAAAGAAGAGUCACAAGAGGAGUCGAAGAGGAAAUGAGUGAAUUUCUUCUUUUUUUUUUUUUUUUUUUUUAUAGAUAUUUUUGUCCUCUGAAAAAUAGGGAAAUACAAAGAAAUGUAUGUCAUAAAAGCUUAAUCUCUUUGUGUAAAUCACCUAGCCAAAUUAAUUCAUCUGAGGUUUUUUGAUGCUGUUUUAUACUUUUAAUUAAGAUUUACAACCACAGUUUGAAGAGUUUUGUUUUUUGUCUGUUUGUAAGUUUCAUCCCGAAUUCGCUAUACUCUGUAAAGUAAACACUUGUGUAGUUUUACCAUUGGUAGCAUUUCAUCUGUUAUAAAGACAAUGAUUCCAACUGUCAACAAA